UUGCUGAAAUUUCCUCGCUUAUAAAACUCCGCCAGCCGCCACACCACCGCCAGUCUCGACCCGUCCCAGAAUGAAGUGCCUUCUCGCGUUACUUUUGCUCUUCCGCCCCGCGCUGUGCGCCGAGAGCGUCUACAUGAAACACGCCGAAAUCGACGACCAGGAGUCGUCGGCGUCGGGAUACGCGUACCAGCUGCACUCCGGGGGCCCGCUGUACGCCUACCCGGUGGCGGCGAACGGCGUCGGCCACUUCGCCUACCCGCCGCUGCUGGGGCGGUACACGCAGCAGCUGCCCUUCGUGGAGUACAAGCCGCAGGCUCCCGUGGGAGUGGUGCCGCUCAACUACGGGAUACAGGCGCACCCCUACGCCCUGCACUACCCCCUGCAGACGCAAGCGUUCAGACCUGCCCCCAUCGCCGCCCCCGUGCCCGUCUCCGACUCCUCCAAUUUCGAAAAAGGCGGCGGCUCGUCGUACUCCGACGCCAACCAAAGCGCUCACGGUGAAAAAGGCUCCACAGGCUAUAAAACCGCUGAAGAAUAUGAUAAAGGAGCGCAAGGCCAGCACGACAGUAAAGGCCACAAAGAGUUCUAUAACGAACAAGGCGGCAACAAGGCUAACCACCACGACCAAGCCGCCCACUAUGGUCAGAAAGAGGAAGCAAGCAAAGGCUCCCAAGGCUCCCAUUUCAGUCAAUCCAAAAGCCACAAAAAGGGCUCUAAAACUAAAGGCUACCACAGGGUGCACCACAAGGACGAAUUCAAAAAGGACCAUUCCUUCUACGACGAAUCGGAUGCCAGUGGGCAGUUUAGUAAACAUGGAGAUUAUGACGCGAACCAUGCUUCCCAUAAGGGUGGAUUCGAGAAGGGUGGGCACGAAGAUGGGGCGUACCAGCAAGGAGAACAAGGAGUGAAGGGUUUCGUGGAUAAAGGGCACUUUAAUGGACAGAAUAGUGGGUUCAAGGGUGAAGAAGGGAAGGAGGCGUUUUAUAAGAACUUCCAGGACUUUGGGAAAAAAGGAGAGGAGCAAGAAGGGAAGGAGUUCGGGUACAGCAAGAAGGAUUUGCUACAGGCGCUGCAAUAAUGGGAUAGUCAGUAGUAGUUAGUGGUUAUUUAUUGUGUUUGUUAAUUUAUUGCCUAAUAAAGGUUUGUGAUAAUUCAGAGAUUAUUGAAAUUUUUACUUCCCGGGUGACUGGCUACUUUUAUGUUUUAUCGACGUUUCAUGACUCCUAGAGUACGAAAAAAUAGGUCUCUAGUUUCCGCCUGUCUGUCUGUCGACCGUCUGUUCGGAUAUUUAUUUAUUAUUAUGCAGAUAAUUUCCGCAACUACCGGACCGAUUGUUGUCAAAGUUUGUUGUAAGGAUAUCAUGUCGAUGGUAAAACCCUAACCGAAAUUUGUCUGCUCACUUCCAAUAAUGGAAUGACGUCAUCUUACAAUUCUGUCCUAAUAAAUGUUAUUUAAAUGUUGAACAGUAACAUAGUUUGUGAAUUUGUGGU